AUGUCUUCUCAAACGCCUAUGGAAGACGCCAUGCGGCGCAAGAUCACAGAAACUCUCACACCAACAUCGCUCGAAAUAUACAAUGACUCGCAUAUGCAUGCUCAUCACAAAGCCAUGGAAGGCAGCACGUCUCGAGAGACGCAUUUCAGGUUCUACAUCACCUCGGACGCUUUCAAAUCGAAGAUGCAACCGGCGCGUCAUCGAUUGGUCUACCAAUUGCUCAAGGACGAGAUGGCCGCUCAGGGCGGCAUACACGCGUUGCAGCUACGAACAAGGACCGUAGAGGAGGAAGCACGAGCCCGAACGAAGCCGGAAACACCCUAA